GGCAGGCAACAGUAUUGCCCCUACUGGCCACGAGCCUCUGUUACAUUGUGACACAGGCAGGCGGCUCUCAGGAGAGCCUGGGCCACCACUGAUAGCUCCUCUCGCUGCUGCAGCCUCCAUCUCCCUUGCCAAGGAGGCACCUCACCCCUACUGGCGGGAGGAACACUGACCAAAAGGGGGACAGGGUUCUCUGAGGGUCCUGAGCACCCAGAGGGAAAGGCAGGGGAGAUGGGCAGGAGCUCAGGAUUCCACAGUUAGCGCUGAAGAGAAAUGCUUACAGGGGCAUUACAGGAGCCUAAACAAAAGGUCUUAGAGCCUCCAUAAUGCUCUCUGGGGGAGAAUCACCCGUCUCCUAAUUUUAACCAGUACGUGAGGGACCAGGGUGCCAUGACUGACCAGCUGAGCAGGCGGCAGAUCCGUGAGUACCAGCUCUACAGCCGGACCAGUGGCAAGCACGUGCAGGUCACCGGGCGUCGCAUCUCUGCCACCGCGGAGGACGGCAACAAGUUUGCCAAACUCAUAGUGGAGACAGACACGUUUGGAAGCCGUGUGCGCAUCAAGGGUGCUGAGAGCGAGAAAUACAUCUGUAUGAACAAGAGGGGCAAGCUCAUCGGAAAGCCCAGUGGGAAGAGCAAAGACUGCGUGUUCACAGAGAUAGUGCUGGAGAACAACUACACGGCCUUCCAGAAUGCCCGGCACGAGGGCUGGUUCAUGGCCUUCACCAGGCAGGGUCGGCCCCGCCAGGCUUCCCGCAGCCGCCAGAACCAGCGAGAGGCUCACUUCAUCAAGCGCCUCUACCAGGGCCAGUUGCCCUUCCCCAACCACGCUGAAAGGCAGAAGCAGUUUGAGUUUGUGGGCUCAGCCCCCACCCGCCGGACCAAGCGUACUCGGAGGCCACAGCCCCUGACGUAGUCAGGGACACUGGGGGCAGCUGCCCCUCACCAGCCUUCCCAUCCCCUUCCCUUCCUAAUCCCAAGACUGGGCUGGGGCGGAGGGAGGGGAGUCAGAGCCCCCAAGGAGGAAGGACCCUGAGGAACUACAAGCGUCAGAGCCUCAAGCCAGAAAGGGGACAGGACUGCCACAUAGCAGGGCUGGGCGUCAGGGCAGCUGCCCCAGACCCAACAAUGGAAUAGGCCCCGGGGGGGAGGGGGGAUGGCAGACCCCCAGGAGAGGAACUGUAGUGUUACCCUGGACUCAGGCUCCCUGAAACAGGCGAAAAGGGCAGCAGGUUCAAAGCCUUGCAGACACUGUCUGGAGCUGGCUCUCUUUAAAUUCUCCCCAAAUCUUCUUCAGUCUGCCCCCAGCCUCCAGUUUCCUCCUGGCCAGACUGUAGGAAGGGACUUUUGUGUUUAUUUCAGGAAAAAAGAAAAAAAAAGAGGGUUGGCCAUUCUUCACAUUCCACUACCCAGGCCUGCACCCCCAUCCCCGACUUCGA